CGAGCUCAUUCGUCCCGUGACUUUCUCGACUGCCGCUCAUGCUGCGCCGAGUCAACUUCAAGAGGCCAAAAGGCACGGAGCCACUUGACUCAUAUGGUUGCACGUCUGAAAAUGAGUGUCUGUGCCUUUGAUAGACUGCAUGUCCAGCUGCGCCCUCAGAUCCCGAGGCAUGCUGACGAAUACGUAGGGAUAUGUCUUCAAAGUGGAAGUCCUGUCGACCUGAGGGGAUAUCACGGGUGGUCCCGCCGCAAUGAAACGAAUUCGCUGGUACACAGGAGCAUUUGAAUACUAUAAAUAAAUUGAUUUGCAGACAUUAGCAUGAGCAGUAACCGUAGGAGUGAGUAGUGGUUCUCAUUGACGUCGUCUUAGACGAUCUGGACGUUAAUUUACGAGCAAAGCUUCUUGGCCUUUCGCGAAUUCAGCGAAAAGACGUUUUACCGCGUUGGCUGAACCUCAGUGCCCCGGGGUACGUGGGAAUGUAGCCAAGCGUAGUCCCACGUGAAUUCAGAAUGAGCAGUCCCCGCUUCUUCGCACGGGGAGCGACUGUUCGCGACGCAGAAUAUCGUAAAGUCGCGCGCACGCAGAGCAAAUUCAGUAUAGCUACACGUAAUCAUUACCACAAAGUCACUGUCAGUGUCAGUGGGAUCGGAAACCGACAACCGACAACCGGCAACCGGCAACCGGCGACCGGCGACCGACAAUCGGCAAUCCACAUCUAGACAUCUUGACUCCGCCUUGUCUCGUUGCGGCAGUGGCAGUGGCACACAGAGUCGACGUCGGCGCGUCCCCCGCGAUUCGCUCUCAGUCGCACCAGGACCACGUGCGUGCGUGCGUGCCUGCGUGUGUGACUGCGUGCGUGCGUGCGCAAGUGUCGUCCGCCUCUGCUCGUCCCUCAAAGCGCGCAAGGAAGUGGCGCACGUGCGAUCUUAAAGUCAAACGGCUUCCGGAGUACUGGAACUCUCGAGCGCCAAACUCUUGGACUCUUGGUGAAAUUCAGUCUAGGGAAGUGAAAAGUGACUGGGAAGUGUCAGCAGGGGCUGACGAGCCGCGGACGGAGACUAAUCCUAGAGAGGGUGGACGCGCGGCGACCUCCGGGUACGAGGAGGAACGUGCAGUUUCCUAUGUCAGUCCCUACAGUCCCGGCAUUCCGCGUGCGAACGUUCUCGCGAUACUUGCAUUAGUCGCCAGCGGGGAAAGGAACUUCCUCUGGUGGCUGGGACUGUGUUUGCGGGACGUCGGAGAAGGACUUCGCUGCUCUUCUGGGUCCAGCAGGCAUCUUUGGGAUCGCGAGAGGACACGCGCGGAUGGACCGCGAGUGUUGCGACGAGGGAAGAAACGACUUAGGUUGCAUUCCGCUCUUAAAUUCUCGAGGGAGUCGGACCCGUUGAGCGCGGUGAUUGUAUUUAUAGACUAUACAGUACGCGAGGAGACGAGUGCGUCAGCCGUCAGCGGGCGGAGGACAACUCGACAUCACGCUGCUCGCUGCUCUGCACUUUCAAGAAAGAUACGAGACCCGCGAUAUCUUGACUGAUCAUGAGGCGAUGCAGCUGCCAUAGGGAUCUGCACGUUCCGCUGCAAGGACUGUGAUUCCUGCUUCUCACGUAUCUCGAAAUCUCGAAGAAUUUGCCAAACAGAUCGACUCAAUAUGAGCGACCGACUCGUACGCAUCCAGACUCUUGUCCUGGUUUUCGCCUUUUCCGUGAAUCUGGUGUCCACGAGAAACUCAACGGCUGCAGGCGACAUCCUCGCUGAAGCAUCCGGCCACAGGGAAACGCACAAGUGGCUUCGCGAGGCAGUAGGAUUCUUGAAUGACACAGCGAUACCAAAUAUCAAAUCUUCUCCGGUUCCACGAGCUGCCGAACAGUACGACUGGAAGCUGUGGACUGACUGGAGCGAGUGGUCCGUGUGCGACAGGCGAUGCACGCAAAACCGUGUAAGGCGAUGUCGCUCCGAGAAAUGCAGCACCGCUGUUCUUCGGGAGGAGCGCGCCUGUCCGCAGGACCGAAUGGGAAGGAGACGAAGAUGCGAGCAGCAGCAGAGACGCAGGGAACGUCGCAAAGAUAAACAGUUUCACGUCGUCCAAAUUCCCAAAGAGGCUGCGCCGAAACAUGGAAGACAACGAGGAAAAGGAUCCAGACGGCAGUCGGCCCGUCUUUAUGGAAAAUGGAGUAAAUGGUCACCCUGUACACGUUCAUGCACCACGCAACGACACCGACUGUGCAGGAAACCAGGAGUCUGCCGACUGGGAAUCAUUCGUGAGAGCGCAUAUUGCUACGUCGAGGGCAGCUUCUGCCAGAGAUGGAUACAUCGGAGAAUUCGCGGCAGUCAAGAGGACGACACUGAUGACUCGGAUCUCGACAAGUUCGAACUGAAUCCUGAGGGCGUGGAUGGUCCCGCCGGCAGUGUCGCAACAGGCCUCGAUUUGGAAGCUUCUUGGAAAUGUGGCUUAGCAUCUACUGGAAAAAGUUCUCGUCUCUCGUACUUCACCAGGAUAAUAGGCGGUCGUCCUACCGCUCCAGGAAGUUGGCCUUGGCAAGUCGCCGUCCUGAACAGAUAUCGCGAAGCAUUUUGCGGCGGAACCCUCGUUUCGCCCAGGUGGGUUUUGACAGCUGCUCACUGCAUUAGAAAACGGCUGUUUGUGCGCAUAGGUGAACAUGAUCUUACGAUGACGGAGGGUAGCGAAUUGGAACUGAGGGUGGACGCCAUUACUGUUCAUCCACGUUACGACGCGCACACAGUCGAUAACGACGUGGCUCUGCUUCGAUUACCAGUUACUCUCAAACCUGCGAGCACCCGUGGAAUUGCCUGUCUGCCAGCACCAAAACAACCUUUGCCCACUGAUCAACUCUGCACAAUAAUCGGUUGGGGCAAAUCGCGAGCCAGCGACGACUACGGGACCGACGUUCUUCACGAAGCCAGAAUUCCUAUAGUAUCUGCAGAGGCUUGUCGAGACGUCUACGUGGAUUAUCGCAUUACGGAGAAUAUGUUUUGCGCCGGUUAUGAAAAGCGCAGAAUGGAUUCCUGCGCGGGCGACAGUGGAGGGCCUUUACUCUGUAGAGACCCCAGAAGACCGGAUCAUCCAUGGACCAUUUUUGGAAUUACGAGUUUCGGCGACGGUUGUGGGAAACGUGGAAAAUUUGGUAUCUACGUGCGCCUUACCAACUACGUUCGAUGGAUCACAAGAGUCAUGAAAGAGACCGACGCCUACACGUAAUCAUCGCCCACUUCUAUCCCCUCCUAUCCCAAUUUUCUUGUUAUUGUUAAUGUUUUUAUCAUCGACUCUAUAUAAGUAUACGCGCACCGCCAUCCCGAUCAUCGCUACUAUUUGAGUCAAUUUUGGCCUCACAUUAUUUCAUCCUACCAUUCAUUCAUUCAUUCAUUCAUUCGAUAGACUGCAACUGCUGUGCUUUAACUGUUGUUACUCCCUUCCCGCCUCCUAUUCGGGGAAUGAUAACGAUUGUAUUAUUUUGUACACAAAUUCAAACUAUUUUAGAAGAAUACACCUAUAGAAAUUCUAUAAAGCA